CGGCCGCGGUGGGAGAUGAGGCUGCGGACCGCGUAGGGGCCAUGCCGCCCGGGCCCCGGGCCUGCCGGGAUGGUGAACCUGGCGGCCAUGGUGUGGCGCCGGCUUCUGCGGAAGAGGUGGGUGCUCGCCCUGGUCUUCGGGCUCUCGCUCGUCUACUUCCUCACCAGCACCUUCAAGCAGGAGGAAAGGACAGUGAGAGAUCGGAAUCUCCUCCAGGUUCAAGAUCAGGAUCAGCCCAUUCCGUGGAAAGUGCAAUUUAACCUGGGCAAUAGCAGCAGGUCCAGCAACCAGUGCCGGAACUCCAUUCAAGGGAAGCACCUCAUUACUGACGAGCUGGGAUACGUCUGUGAAAGGAAGGACCUGCUGGUGAAUGGCUGCUGUGACAUGAGCGUGGCGAGCACAAAGCAGUACUGCUGUGACGGCUGCCUGCCCAACGGCUGCUGUAGUGCCUACGAGCACUGCGUCUCCUGCUGCCUGCAGCCCAACAAGCAACUGCUCCUGGAGCGCUUCCUGAACCGGGCAGCCGUGGCCUUCCAGAACCUCUUCAUGGCAGUGGAGGAUCACUUUGAAUUGUGCUUGGCUAAAUGCAGGACCUCGUCCCAGAGCGUGCAGCACGAGAACACCUAUAGGGACCCCAUAGCAAAGUACUGCUAUGGAGAGAGCCCCCCUGAACUCUUUCCCGCGUGAUGGGUACAGAAGAUGUGCUGCCUGGGCGAGGCCACGCUGAAGAACUCGCAGCCUGAAGCCAGGCCGCGGCGUCCUCCGGCCUGUUGAGGAGAGCGGGGCAUUGCGCGGAAACCUUGGCUGUGACCUCGUCUUGUGUUGUCCUCUGGCUUCACUCCCCACCGGCUUCACCAGCUGGAGCUGUUCUGUGAGCCAGCCUGGAAGCCCCAGCCGGUCACACUCUAAAGGGAUAACCGGCGGCCAGCUGUGGUGGGUGCUCCUGGGUGCUGCUGCCGGAGUUUGCAGCCGCCCCUGCGGGACCUGUGGUGGCUUGCUUCUCAUCCGGGCCUUCACUGUAAAGUUAUUUAUUGGAUUCCUUGGGAAUAGUGGGAAAAUUAUGUUUUAUAUAGGAAAACGCCUUGCCUCGAGAGUUGAAUAUAUUCAUGAAAAUUGUUGUUUUGUGUUCUUGAGUUUCAUGACUUAAAAUCGUCCUUUUACCCAGAUAAAAUGUUUGACCUCUUAGAAUGUGGAUGUUCUCUCAAGGUAUCGUUGCUUUUGGUUUUGUUUUAGCAGCAUCUUCAGAAUGGGCCCUGAACCUCGUGUCCUGCUCAGAGGAAUGGUAUAGAACCUCGAAGCUGCAGUUGUGCUAAGCUGGGAUGGCUUUCCAGCACCCGGCACCAGGUGCCCUCAGCUUCUUUCCAGUGGGCUUUGGCUGUGCUUGUGUACCCAUGCCGGCACCCCCUCUUACCCAGAAAUUCUGACCCAUUGUCCUGGGGAUUUUGUCCUCAGUCCUGUGCCUCUGUUGAAAGGCCUGGGACAGCAGGUACCUCAGGAAAACCUGGCAGCCUCUUUUCCUUAUCUCCGUAUGAAAGCCCUGUGUUAGGACAAUUUCUAGACAGAAGAACGUGUAGCAGCUGACUCUAACGGACCAUCCUUUAUUACUUUCCACUUUGGGGGACAUAACAUGUAGAUACUUGGUUUCCCAGUGAUUUGCAAAGAAGAAACCUAACUUCCUCUCAUGGUGCUGUUAAAAAUUUACAUCUGCUUUAGUGGGGCUGUGAAUGAAGACGGGGCCUGCGUGUUGCUGGGUCAUCGCUGAGAUUUCCCCUGUGUUUCUAGUGUGACCAGACAUCUCUCUGGGUCAAGGCGAUGAGCGUCUGUCCUCAGGUCAGGACGUCGUGCCCCUCGCACAGGCCACUGUCUGGUCUCAGGAGUCACUGGGACAAACACACUUACCUGGUGGUCGUCCCUGACCCCAGGACUGGGCACGGUCUUUUUCACUCUUUGGCCGUUCAGCUUGCGGACCUGGAGCAGACACCAGUUUCACCGUUGCGCCCAACGGGUUUUUUUUCCAGUGGAGCCUUUUCUUGGGACCGGUUUGCCUUCCGGUAUGUUUCUGCAGUGUCAUCAUAACUCCCCUUAACUCCUGUUAGUGCGUACACUCGUCUCCCCAAAGUAGUUGUCCCCCUAAAUAAACUCUCUUAAUAUUAGGUCCCAAGAAAUCUACCCAGUGUGCACCGCACUCUGCGCUUGUUGUGUGCAGUCACCAGCGCUCACUCAGACGCUGCAGAUGGAAGACGUGUGUGUCCAUGCCUGUUAUCUUAUCCUUUCCAGUCCUCUGUGGUGUCUGAAUGUCUGUCUUCUGCCGAUUGUCACUGGGAUAACUUCCAUUGCACUUACUUGAACUGAGCAACGUGCAACAGAUUUAACGUGAAGCCAGUUUCUAUCACAGAUCAACUCGAGUUUGUUUAUUUUACACUCGAUUUCUUGACCAGCACAUUUCAGGUAUCCAGGGCGUUUGCAGGCUGUACCCACAACUGUGUGAAAGAGGGUUAAGCUCACUUGUGUCUCUUAAUCUUGAAGGUGAGGAAACUGAAGUGACUUCCCAAGUCCCUGCUGAGAUUUAAUGGCAGAACCAAAACAAAAACUUCACCUCCGGGCCCGCUGUCCUUCCCGCCACCUCUCACAGCUCUAGCGCUGACUCAUGGAAACUUCUCCCUGGAGAGCGUCUCGUUUUCAGUUGUCCAGGCUCAUGCAGGGGAGAGGUGGCACAAAUAGCCAAGCUGGUCAGUAAUCCAGAAGUCAUUUUCAUUUGGCCCUGGAAUAUGUUUUUGGACUUUGUAAAUUAGGGGUGUUUGCUGUUUUGGAAGAUCCCCAGGCUGCAGGCUAUGUGAUGACGCCCCUGAAAUACCCACUCAUCAUCCCGCCUCACCAGCCUUCCAGCCCUGCAUCCCUCCUGCUCCUUACACUGGAUCCCUUGACUGUGGCUUUCUAGAAUAGGGGCCUGAGUAUGUCUGGAGCCUAGCAAAAUGUGUGAUACCUGCUCAGAUUCUAGGUAAAGGUCAAUGAAGGGGUGAAAACAAAUUUAGUUUACACAAAAAUUUUACUAAAUAUUCAGGAUUUGGGGCUAACAGUAAUUGGGUAAUUCAGAGCAUUUUACCCAAUUCUGACUCUUAAUUGCCAUGCUCAUCGCUGGAACUACUAGCUCCCUAGGAAGGAAGCAUACAGUCGGUUGGGAAAAGGGUACAGAGACAGGCACCCUCAGUCCCUCUGCUAGGUCUGGCACUUGUGGCCUGUGAUGUAGGGAUGCUGGGACUGGUGCCCGUGGCAGAACCCCUGGGGCCAUUCUAGGAAAUGCAGCUGAUAGGAUUCUGCAGCUUUUAUAUUGCCCCCAAAGCCGACACCGGGGCCCUUGUGUCAGUUGGUGUGGCUGCAAAGGAAGUGGUGCAGGAUCCCAAGCAAAGGUUUUUCCCAAUCACUGGAAUUCGCAGAUAGAUUAUAAAUGUGCAGUAAUGUUGGCUAUUUGGUUUGCUCUUCUUGGGAGGGAAUCCGGUUAACCGGCAGCAUGGCCUUGGCACUCUUGCUUCCUCGUCUGAGUUUCAGGCCCGUCACCUGUCAAAUGGGCCUGCCUCUGCCUCUCAGGGAGGCUGUGAGGGCCCUGAGCGAGGGUCAGUGCGUGGCACACAGUCCAAGUCUGCCCGGCUGGCGUGGGAUCCCUGGGCUCCUCGGGAGUCAGGGUGGUGACAACAGAGCUCUUGCUGUUACUUUAUUUGUACUUUUUAAAGAUCUCAUGCUGAAGCUUAAAAAGAAUUUCAGAUAAUUUAGAUAUAUAUGAAGGUGGAGGUAAUAAUCUCAAAUCACACAACCUAGAGAUAAGCCCCAGUCUUUUCUCUCUUCUCUCUUCUAAGCAGAAACAAAAUCACUUCCUCUUGAAAACAUUCCUAGAAUGGACAUCUUUCUGUAAUCUGUAGGCCUAUACAGUGAUUUUGAGUGACCACACGGUGUUGGUUUCGUAGAUGUACAACAAUGGUAUUAAUCCCCUGCUGAGGCCAUUAAACUUGUUACCAGAUUUUUUGUUUUCCGCUACUAUGAAUUUGUAUAAUGAUCUAAUAACUUUUUCCACCAUAUUCAGUCUCACCAUUCAGUCUCAGUGUCUCUUCUGCAGUAUCCUCAGGAACCCCACAGUAUCAUUUUUUAAUUCUUUGGGGCCAAGUCUCAGUUCUAAUUUGUAUUUACUUAAUUUGUAGUGAGAUGAGCCCUCUUCCCUGUUUUACUUGGCAAUUUACAUUCAUAUAUGGUGACCUGCCCAUCCCAUUGGGCAGUAGGCUGGCAGUGGACAGUUUUUGGUCCCCGCUGGAGGAGAGCUGCCAGGGUGGAGGGCAGAGAUGCUGCUUCUUGUCCUUCGGUGCCCGGGACAGUCCUCAUGAUAGUCACCCAGAGCUGCCUGGCCCCGAGGUCAGCUGUGUUGAGGUGGAAAGGCCCCACUCUUGGCUCAGUCUCCCUCUCAGGUUAAACAGAAGAGUGCAGGAGCUGAGUGCUGACUUUAUUAUUUUCCUGCCCUCGCUUUCAGCCAUGCUGAAGUGCUGCUGAUUAAAUUACCCUGAAAUCCCAUGGGACCAGCGACUUCCUUGCAGGUCUCUACCAGCCAGUGCCGCCUCUAGGAGAUGCCUCUGCCACAGGGUGUCCGGGCGGGUACCCUCUGGGGGUGGAGUGACCUGGAGGUUUCUAAGAGCUCCUGACCCCCACUGCAGAUUUGCAGCUCUGGAGGGAGUGGAAAUGCCACUAUAGAGUCCAUUUGGAAACUCACAUUCUAUAAACAGACAGCGCAGAGGAAGUAGUAAUAAUUAAAUAAAAAGAAGCUGGUGGGAUAUGAGUUUUCCCACAAGGGCCUUCCUGACCACAGCCUGUCAUGUCGGUGGCUUGCCGUCCAGGCUCUCCCUGUGUGGGUUCUUUUUGCCAAGUUAGGGUGUGAGUACAGUUUGGGAUACAGUUUAGGGAACUGGUUUUGGCCAGUCAGAUGGCUGCUGCCUUCCUUGUCCUGUCUGCUUACAUGGAUGCCAGCGGAGCAAUCAGCAUGGACUGUUGGGUCAGCCUUGAGUGGCAUGAGGCCGUGAGGCCCAUGGGUGCCCAAUUCUGACCUGCGGACCCACUCACUUACCUUUGUGUGUGGGGCCUGAUGUGUCUGAUGUGGGAGCUGAGUCAUCGGACUUUGUGUCAAACAAAAGCACACCCUUUCACUUAAUGAACCAAACAACUCACCAGUUAUAACCAGUGGGUGAAAGGGUUAAAUUACUCAAAUACUCGAAGGGGAGUCCAGUUUCAUUGCUUCUCAGGACUGCAUGUUCCAUGGACUCACAAGGACCAGAAUAUCCCUACCAGAAAUGUACUUUUGUAUGUGGGUGUCUCCAUAGUUUUUGAUGGGUGUCUCUUCAGUCUCUGGGCUUUGUUCUUUUGUAAGUUUUGUGUGCACUAUGGUAUAUACAGGCCAAAGUGUAAGAAUCCAAAAUGGUGGUGACCUGUCAAAUUCAUGAUUCCAGACUCUGUCAGCUACACCUCACUGUUACUAGGGAGGGGUGUGGUAUGUGUGUAACAGGGUAUGAAUGAUGUGAUUAGCAGCCUAAUUUUAUUGACAAACAUACAGGCGUUAUUUGUAUACCUGGAGUAAAGGAAACUCUGCUUUGGUUUCCUCAUUUGUUAAAUGAGUGGGAUCACUAAGAUAUCCUGCAGAUUCCAGAUUCCCACCCUUAUUAAAGCAAGACCUUGUCCUGUCUGUGGUGUUGAUUCUCACAGGGCGGGUGGAGACCAGCCAUCUGGGGCUGGUUUCCCUCAAAACCAAACUUCCUCCAACUCUCUUGAAGAUUGCCGUUAGGGCUCAUCCUUGCCUGCCGCUUCCUCCUCAGAGGUUAAGUCAACAGCAUCAUCUUCUCUGCUGGGACCAACUUACCAGGUCUCUGCUCUGCACCUGUGAAAACAGCUGCCGUGUUCUCCAUCCCCAAAACAGUGCCUUUGGGCAGGGACACAGGCCCGUCCCAGGGAGCCGCCUCAAUCAAGGGCAAGAUGACCCAGGUGUGCUUCACCUGAGAAACCAGAGCAUCUCGGAAUUCCUAAUAAGGUCCCCUCUAGUCACUGCUCAGUAAAAGGUUUCCCCUUCACUUCUUUUGCAAUUACAAACAGAAACCUUAAAAUGUAGGAAAUACCAUUUUUAAAUGCAGAAAUGACAGAGAAAGAAAGGUCCGAUUAGACUCCAAGCCACCAAGGACAGCUGCCCGUUCAGGUUGGCAUGUAAAGUUUUGCUGGAUUUUGUGCAGAAAUGUGUACUUCGUAUUCAUACAUGAAUAAGAGUAGAGUCCUGCUGGAUGAAUUCAGUCUAAUUACAGCUAAUUAAUAUACAGAGGAGGAAAGUGCACAUUUUCCUUGCAUCCUCCGGCCUCUGGAAUCAGCCAAGUUAGAGGCGCGAGCGAGCCCUUUGGUGAUUGUACACAGGUUUGGCUUUGCUUUUCUGCACUGAUUUUUACACAGUAGGGAAGAAAGACUUUUUGUUCUUCUCAAAUAAAGUCAUUGACAUUCUGCCUUGGUGACAGACAUUCCUGCCUCAGCAGGGGAGGAGAAAAGCAGUCUCAGCAGGCAGACUCCCCUUUUUUGAGAGAAAGAUUGGGAAGCCCUGCUCUAAAUUCGUAAGCCUGUAACUAACUUCAGGGAAGCACUGAUGAAUAAAUUUAAAAAAAACUAUGAAACAGUUGGAAAGAACCUGUCGAUCACCUGGCAAGGUGUGUGGGGUAGAUCAUCUUCACCGAAGGCAUCUCAGGCUCCCCCGAAGCCAACUCUGCUGUGUCAGGCAUCUGGGCUACGUGAUGCUCUUUGAGAGUAUGAAGGACGUCCAUCGUUAAAGUUGCUCUACGUCCUGUGGGCCCCAGUGGCAGGUGCUGAGUGAACUGGCGUCUGCUUGCCUUCCCGAGGAGCUCAGAGGCCUGGAGAGCCCUCUCUGGACUGUGUCCCCUGAGAGGUUUGCAUCUGGGCAGCAGUUCAGGGGUGCUUCUCCAACUUUGCCCGCAGCCUGCUCAGGGCCCGCUGGCAAGCUGGAAAUAGUCUUGCAGCCGCUUGCUUUGCAGUCGACUGGGCUCAUUUAUUUGACACAAAUAUGCUUGUUGACCUGAUUUAGUGCAGGGAAGAACUCUGGACGCAGUCAGAUGCGACCUUGAAGUCCUGUCUUUCUUCCACAGCCUUUCCAGACCUCAGGACAACCUCCUUGUUAAUGAUGCUCACAGGUGCAAUUUCAAGAGAGGACGCGGAUGGGAGAGGUGAUGAGUGAAGACCGAGGUUCUGGUGGGCGGGCAGCGCCCACAAUUGCUUUCUGUACCACUUGGUGGCACCAAUUCCAUAGGUUUUCUGUCCUCGGCAUAAUCCUUGUUGAGAGAUGCUGGGCCCUGGGCUGUGUUGCCCUAAGACAAUGAAGCUGUUCCCGUCGAUGGAGAGGCAGCUGAAGGUGACGACGAAUGAGACUCCGCUGUACACGGGGACUGGGGAUGUGGCCUGCCGUCUGCCUGGCUCAAGACCUGGGGCUGCUAAGUGCCCACUAGGCCCCCUCCUUCCUCUCCCCAUGCCCAGCACGAAAUGCCCCCUGGGUCUCUUCAACACCCUCGCCCAGCCCAGGAAGCACCUGUCUACAGAGGCACCCUCUCAGGGGGGCCGGGCUUCUUUCUCCUGGCUUUGCAGAGACUGGUGGCAUGUGCAGGUUAAAUUUUGCAGGAGGCCCCUCCACUGUGUGGUGGAGCACGUGCAUGUGGCUGUGGCAGCUCUUGCCUGGGUGCCCUGGGGAACAGUGAGACUACAGGCCUUGCCUUUCAGCCCACACCCCACUCACGAGGCACGUGGGCCUUGCAGACACGGUUCAAGGAAACAGACUUGGGUCAGGUACUUGACUUGAAGCCAGGUUCCUCAUGCCCUUGGACCUGGACGUUUGGCCCAUGUAAUGUAGUAUGUCAGCCCCGCUCUGCACACCAAGGGGGAGGCUCUCCGUGGGGGACAGGUUUUGUGUUUGCUCUGAAAUUCCCCGUUUGGCCUGAGGUAGGAUCAUCCUUGAUUUAAUCAAAAUGUUUGCUCUCUCCUGCUGGUCCCUGGAAGAAGGGUUCUUGAAGCCUGUCUCGGAAGGGAAGCUGCCUUCCAGCCCAGCCUCGGUGAGAAGGCUGCUGUAUCUGUGUUGACUGGGAUGGACUGAGGGGCAGCGUUGUGUCCCUCCAAAGUCAUCGCUGAAGUCCCAAUCUCCUUACCUUGGAAUGUAAGUUAUUUGGAGAAAGACCUUUCGAGAGGCGAUUGAAUGAAAAGGAGACCAUUAAGAUUGUUCUUUCUAAGACGAGGGAGACCAGGGUUUGGAGAGGGUGACUAUCCGCCACCGAGGAGAGAGGCCUCAGGAGAAACCAGACCCGCCCACACCUGGAUCUUGGACUUCCAGCCUCCGGACCUGAGGGUGCAUUUCUGUUGCUCAGUCUGCCCCGUUUGCAGUAUUUUGUUCGGGUGGCCUUCGCUGACUAAUCAGAGCCUUGCAGGUAGUAAGUGCUGAGUUAAAAGCACAACAGACUCCUCAGGGGGCUGGCUGUUCCUUCUAGUUCCAGUGCCUGCCUUUUCUCGGCCUGCCUGCCCAGCAAGGGCAACAAGAGAAAUAAUCCCCCGUGUUAACGUGAAGCAUCAGUGGCAUUUAGACUGCUUUUCCCUCAAAGGAUGGAAAGUCUAAAAUACAAUUUUCAUAGGAGCUUUAGGCAAUGAGUACUUAACUGCUAUUUAGUGGUGUGGGCUGUGUAAAUCAAGGACAGGCAUUUUCGGAUGUUGGAUAGAAUGAUGAAUUAGAAACGGUUUCUGCCUUCAGAUAAUAUAACAUCUGUUGGAGAAGACAGGCAAUUAUACCACUAUCUAUAAUACAAGAUUACACACACACACACACACACACACACACACACGAGUGAAGCGGGCAGGGAAGACUUACAGAAUCAAAGGACUUGUUUUUAAAU